AUGAGCGAUAAUUCAAGAAAAUAUGGGAGCACCACAAGAUUGCUAGGAGGCACUGAGCUAAACUGGUGCAAGGUAGCGGCUAGUGGCACCGGGAUAACCACACUGGCACUUCAAGUCUCAAAACAACCAAAUAUCACUAUUCUGAAAAAAUCCCUUCACAAAAUCCAGAAUGACCAUCCUAUCCUCAAUUCCAUGCUAUACAAAAACACCUCCACUGGCUCAACGUCUUUCAUCAUCAACCCUCCUAUCCCUCACCUCCGCCUAAAUAUCAUCAACCUCUGCACCACCUCCGAGCUCCUCCAGACCCUCAUGAGCUCUGGCUCCAACGCUUCCCUGUCUCCUUUACAACUGAUUCUCGAGCAUGAGCUCAACAUCAAUGAAUGGUCCAGUAUUGCUACUCGUUCAAUGUGCAUGGGAGGCUUCUACUUAUGGUUUGUUAACUUGUACACAUUGCCAGACCAGAAAUGGAUUCUUGUGUUGCGGUUGCACACCUCAGUGUGUGAUCGGACCACAGCAGUUUCAUUGCUCAAGGAGUUGAGUGAGGGGGUGGGGGAGAGGGAGGGAGGAGUGUAUAAAGACGAGGGUAAUAUGGGAAUAGAGGAAUUAAUUCCAAGUGGCAAGGCAAAGAAGACGAUGUGGGCACAUGGGAAGGAUAUGUUGACAUACUCAGUCAACUCAUUCCGGCUUUCAAAUUUGAAGUUUAAAGAUGUGAAAGGGCCUCUACAUUCAGAAGUAGUGAGAUUGAAAAUGAGCACAGAAGAAACUCGGAUGAUAUUAGCUGGUUGCAAGUCAAGAGGUAUCAAAUUAUGUGGAGUAUUAGCUGCGGUGACACUACUUUCCGUCUAUUCCUCCAAACGCCGCCCUAAUAACAACAGCAGGAAAAAAUAUGGUGUGAUUUAUUUAAAUGAUUGUCGCUCAUAUCUCCAACCACCACUAUUGCGCCAUAAUUUAGGAUUUUACCAUUCUGCUAUCAGCACGAUUCAAGAAGUUAAACGAGGGGAAAACCUUUGGGACUUGGCAACAAGAAGCUACACCUCAUUCGCAAGCUUAAAGAACAACAACAAACAUUUCACAGAUAUGGCUGACUUGAACUUCCUCAUGUCCAAGGCUGUAGACAACCCUAGUUUGACACCGAAGUCAUCCUUGAGAACUGCAUUGCUAACGGUGUUUGAAGAUACUGUUAUUGAGACGACUACUGAAAUGAGACAAGAUCUUUUCCUAGAAGACUAUGUUGGCUGUGCUUCGGUUCAUGGAGUAGGCCCAUCCAUCGCUAUUUUUGAUACAGUAGUAGAUGGACAAUUGGACUGUGUUUUUGUUUAUCCUUCACCACUUCAUUCUAGGGAGCAGAUGCAAGAACUGAUUGCUAAUAUCAAAAUUAGUCUUGUUGACGGUAUUAAAAUGGAGGAAACCCUUGAAAUCUAG